AUGGAUGACGCCUGUGCCGCCACACUGCUCUCCAACAGCCCUUGGCCGGGGGUCCGCUGUGGCCCCCGUGAGCCUCAUUCCAUCUGGGCCAGGGGGACAAUCAGCAGUGGAGGCCAGGAACGCGCUGCUCUCUGGAACACUCUGGGGUCCAAUGUCACUGAGUUGGACACCACAGCCAACGUGACAUCCCUGCCCAGUAAGGUCGAGGAAGCGGCCAAAGUGAAUGAUGUUGUUAUCGAGGUGAACAGGGUCAGCGCCUCAGUCAGCCCCGUCGUCACGGUGACCCAGAGGGCCGGCCGCAUGCCCCUCUCCAAAGAGGAGCAGGGCAGCGGCAUGCUGGGAGAAGAGGUGUUGCCAGCCGAGGAGGAGGUGGUGGCCCCACCCAGGAUCAGCCCCGACUCAGCAGAGACAGAGCUCCUUCUGCCUAGCAACCCCCGUGGCCCCGAGGAGGAAGAGGAUGAAGAGGAGCACACCGGCCCACCGUGGCUGAACGCCAGAGACAACGUUUUUGACCUAGACCGCCGCUUCCGAGAAGGAGUAGCCAAUCUGGCCACCACCACUGCCCCUCCCCCCGCCGCCGCUAACCCCUCUCGCCCAGACGUCCUCACCGUGGACUUCUUCGACCCCGCCUCUCGCGGCCACGGCCUGGACCUAGCCCUUCCCUCUCCCUCCUCUUUGGCCCACGAGCUCCAGGGCGGCGACCCCACUUCCUGGGCCAUGCCAGACAACUACGACUACCUCACGCCGUACGAGGAGGGUGCGUCGCCCACCCCUGAUGAGUACUCCUACAGUACCACUACUGAUACCUUGGAUGGGGAUGACGACUUGAGGCUAACUGCCGAGCCUCCAUCCCGCUCCAGGCCAAGGGAUCCCCCAGGUUCCGGCUCCUUCACCCCAGACAAGAGGCUGCCCAGUGGGGAUGCUGCUGCUGCUGCAGAGGGCCCUACGGCAGCCCCUCCAGCGUUACCCGUGGAUGGCUCAGACGGAGCCGGUGGCUGUCGCCAGGGCUACGUGAAGCAGAAUGGAACCUGCCGCUCCCCCUGCGACACACUGCCCAGCUACUGCUUCAACGGAGGCCAGUGCUACCUACUGGACGGCAUGGGGGUCUUCUGCAGGUGUAAUGUCCAGGACUACAUCUGGCACAAGGGUUCCCGCUGUGAGUCGGUGGUGACAGAGUUCCAGGUGCUGUGUCUGACCAUCGGGGCGUCGGCCCUCAUGGUGCUGCUGCUCUUCAUGAUCAUCGUCUGCUUCGCCAAGAAGCUCCACGUGCUCAAGACCGAGAACAGCAAGCUGCGCAAACGCAGUAAGUACCGGCCUCCAUCGGAGCAGCACAAUGAUAAUUUCUCCCUGUCCACCAUCGCUGAGGGCUCCCACCCAAAUGUAAGGAAACUGUGCGACACCCCUCCUAACGUCCCUCAUGCCCGUGCUUUGGCUUACUAUGAUAACAUUAUCUGUCAGAAAACCAUGAGCAGAUACACCUGGGAGUGUAAGACCAAAGAGGAGCCCGACAGUGAGGAUGAUCCUAAUGCCCAGAACAAGCUGGAGGACCCCGUGAAGGCCCCGGUGCCCAAGGAGGACGACUCCCUGAACAUCCACAACUCCCUGACCCCCAAACACGAGAACCACAAGGUACUGGGCGAGGAGAACUCCUCUGAGGUAAACUCACUGCAGAACAACAUGAUGUAGAAGCCUGGGUUGGGAUGAGAGCUCCAGUCCUGCUCUCUAUCCUAGCCACCACGCCUACAACUGCUACCACCAGCCAACCACCGUCUACAACACGGCAACACUGCCACCAAGCGGGCAAAGCCGCUGGGGAAAAAAAAAAAAAAACGCGCCACCCGAGCUGAAACUCCUCCCCGACCUGCCACCGCCUAUAGCGACCCCUUACGCCCAAUCACGCCCCCCUGCCUCGCUGCCCUGCCCCUUCGUUGCUGUCACUCUGCUCCCCCUUACCCCCUGCCCGCACGCACAUACACACACCAGAAAACACAAACAGACACACGAAAACACACACACACAUAUAUAUGUACAUACACACACUCACAUAUACACUCAUAAUUCCCCUGCCUGCAUUGGUGUAUUUUGUAAAAAGAAAAAAAAUCAUAUGGAGUUUAAAAAAAGAAGUUAAACAUUGUAAAAAAUAUAAAAGUUACUGAGAGGUUUCGAUGUUUGUCUGACUAAUUAAGUGAGUAUGUAUAAAUAUAUGAAAAAAAUGCUUGGAUUGAUAUAAA